ACGGAACCAGCGACAGAUUCCGCGGGAAACAGCCACUGGACAGUGAUCCCCAGUGAUCCCACAGCCACUGGACAGUGAUCCCACAGCCACUGGACAGUGAUCCCACAGCCACUGGACAGUGAUCCCCAGUGAUCCCACAGCCGCUGGACAGUGAUCCCACAGCCGCUGGACAGUGAUCCCACAGCCACUGGACAGUGAUCCCACAGCGGGGCAGCAGUAUUCAAGAUGUCAUCUCCAACCUCUACACCCAGUCGUAAAGGAAGCAAACGUGGAAGAGGCAGCAACCCUCCAACUCCUCGCAGUGAUGAAGUACAGUCCCCACCUUCCCAAAGGAGGCGGACAGAUGAUACAACUUCCACUGGGGAUCUACAGCCAUUACCAACCUCCCCAGCGGCUGACGUUCGGAGUCCCAAUGUGCAGGACUCGUCCCUCUUUUCGAGUCCAGCACGGUCUCGUCAUUCAGCUGCCAGUGAAUUUGACGUGAGCUCUCCUUUGACUUACGGGACUCCCAGCUCCAGGGUGGAAGGCACCCCCCGCAGUGGUGUGCGUGGCACACCUAUACGUCAACGCCCUGACCUUGGCUCUGCACGCAAGGCCCGUCAGGUUGACUUGCAGGCAGAGCAGCCUGUGGUGGAUGAGAUUGUGACCAGUGAACAGUCCCUUGGACAAAAGCUUGUCAUCUGGGGAACAGAUGUCAACGUUGCUGCGUGUAAAGAAAAGUUUCAGAGGUUCCUUCAGCGUUUCGCUGACCCGACAGCUAAAGAAGAGGAGCAUUCAGGCAUGGACCUCAGUGAACCACUUUAUAUGCAACGACUUGAAGAGAUGAAUUUAGUGGGCGAACCAUUCCUAAAUGUGAAUGCUUCUCAUUUAAAAGCUUUUGACACCGAACUGUACAGACAGCUGAUCUGCUAUCCACAGGAAGUGAUUCCUACUUUUGAUAUGGCUGUUAAUGAGCUCUUCUUCGAUCGAUUCCCCGAUUCAAUCCUGGAGCAUCAGAUCCAAGUUCGGCCCUACAAUGCUUUGAAGACCAAGAAUAUGAGAAGUCUGAAUCCAGAAGAUAUUGACCAGUUGAUCACGAUCAGUGGUAUGGUGAUCAGGUCCUCACAGCUGAUUCCUGAAAUGCAGGAGGCGUUUUUUCGCUGUCAGGUGUGUGCUUUCUGUACAAGAGUGGAGAUCGACCGAGGCCGGAUUGCUGAACCAUCAGUGUGUAAGAACUGCAACACCACACACAGCAUGGCACUGAUCCACAAUCGCUCCAUGUUUUCGGACAAACAGAUGGUUAAGUUACAGGAGUCUCCUGAUGACAUGCCUGCGGGGCAGACACCGCACACGGUCGUGUUGUUUGCUCACAAUGACCUGGUGGAUAAAGUCCAGCCCGGCGACCGGGUGAAUGUUACAGGUAUUUAUAGAGCUGUUCCUAUCCGAGUGAAUCCGAGAGUGAGCAACGUGAAAUCUGUGUACAAGACCCACAUCGACGUUAUUCACUUCCUCAAAACUGAUGAGAAACGCCUCCACAGGAUCGAUGACGAAAAGGACCAGAAACUGUUCACGGAGGAGCGAGUGGAAGUGCUAAAGGAUCUCUCUAAGAAGCCCGAUAUCUAUGAAAGGCUUUCCAGUGCUCUGGCUCCGAGCAUUUAUGAGCAUGAAGAUAUCAAAAAGGGUAUCUUACUGCAAUUGUUUGGCGGCACACGCAAAGAUUUCAGUCACACUGGCCGUGGUAAUUUCCGAGCGGAGGUCAACAUCCUGCUCUGCGGUGAUCCAGGAACCAGCAAGUCCCAAUUGCUCCAGUAUGUGCAUAACCUGGUGCCCAGAGGUCAGUACACCUCAGGCAAAGGAUCCAGUGCCGUGGGUCUCACCGCUUAUGUGACAAAGGACCCAGAAACCAGGCAGCUGGUCUUGCAGACCGGGGCGCUGGUCCUCAGCGAUAACGGCAUCUGUUGCAUUGAUGAGUUUGACAAAAUGAACGAAAGCACGCGAUCGGUGCUGCAUGAAGUCAUGGAGCAGCAGACGCUCUCCAUUGCCAAGGCUGGAAUAAUUUGCCAACUCAAUGCUCGCACAUCUAUCCUGGCAGCUGCAAACCCAGUUGAGUCCCAGUGGAAUCCAAAAAAGACAACUAUAGAGAACAUCCAGCUUCCACAUACACUGCUAUCCAGGUUCGACUUGAUCUUCCUCAUGCUGGACCCCCAAGAUGAAGCGUAUGACCGUCGGCUUGCCCACCACUUGGUUUCACUCUAUUACCAGAGUGAAGAGCAGGUGGAGGAAGAAUACAUGGAUAUGGCAGUGUAAGACUACCUUGCAUAUGCCCGUAUAUAUGUCCACCCCAGACUGAGUGAAGAAGCCAGCCAGUCGCUUAUUGAGGCUUAUGUGGACAUGAGAAAAAUUGGUAGUGGUCGGGGGAUGGUGUCUGCGUACCCCCGGCAGCUAGAAUCACUAAUUCGGCUGGCGGAGGCUCAUGCCAAAGUGCGCUUUUCUGAAAAGGUGGAGAAUAUAGAUGUGGAAGAGGCCAAACGCCUUCACCGUGAAGCUCUGAAACAGUCUGCUACUGAUCCAAGGACUGGAAUUGUGGACAUUUCUAUCCUCACCACAGGAAUGAGUGCCACUGCUCGUAAACGUAAGGAGGAGUUGGCUCAAUCCUUGAAGAAGCUCAUUCAGUCUAAGGGCAAAACUCCAACAAUGAAAUACCAGCUGCUCUUUGAUGAUCUGCGGUCACAGUCUGAUGCUGCUAUUACCAAGGACCUGUUUGAAGAGGCACUCCGAGCCCUAGCAGAUGAAGACUUCCUAACUAUUACUGGAAAAACCAUUCGACUGCUUUAAAAAGAAAGAACUUAUAACUAAUCCUAAGUAGUAAUGUUUACUGCUGAUCUUUUUACUGAAACUGUAGCUGUGUUAAUUGUUUAGCUUGAUUUAUCAUGUUACUAUUUUAACAUUUAAAAAAAACCUUUUAUGGCUUUUGUAAUGCUGAGUUUAGGAGAAUGUCAUACGGGGGAAGGGGCAAAAAUAAUCAGCUAGCAUCAUGAACGGAAUUGGAAAUAACAAAUUAGAAUAUUUACAUAUGUCGUUUAAUAAGUAGCUGCCAUUUUGAGGGACCUAAGAAUGCAAAGUGGGGUUAAUUUUGGGGCGAUAGAGUUGGUGAAAUGGUGUAAAAUGCUCAAUUUGUUCCAUCAAUAAAUAAAACUGUUUUUUGCAUUUAA